CUUGAGGUUGUUGAUGUUUUGAAAUCUGUCAACAAAUGAACAAAUUGGACAGAUGCGGAUCUCGGGAUUUACCAACAUUUAUUGGUCAAAAUGGGGAAAUCACACUCAAUCUCUCUCGAUACGGUUUGAAAAACAUAGACACAUUGCCAACUAAUAUAAAUGUUUUGAUCUUGGAUCACAAUGAUAUAUGUCGAUUGGAAAACUUAUCUACUUUGUGUGAUUUACAAAAGCUUUCGGUGGCAGACAAUAAGCUACUACAAUUGUAUGGGCUGUCAGGUUUGGUUAACCUUACAAUCCUAAAUUUACCUAAUAACGGCAUAACUACAAUGGAUGGUUUAAAGAAACUCUCUAACUUGCGUUGGCUCAAUCUAUCAGGAAACAAACUGAAGGUUAUUGAACAGCUGGAUACCAAUCUACACCUAAAACACCUAGAUCUGUCGGACAAUUAUAUUUACAAUCUUCAGGAUUUAUCUCAUUUGACGAAACUAAAGACUCUCCUUUUACAUUGCAACCACAUCAGCACUCUACAGGAUGCAUCGAAAAGUUUACCAAAAUCACUUGAGAUAUUUUCUUUAGCUAGUAAUAUGAUCUCCAACAUUCUAGAAGUUCAAGAAUUGUCAUGUUUCCCGAAGCUUUCUCAGUUUUCUUUGGGAAAUAAUCCAUGCAUCGAAUCACAUGCGGAUGAGUAUAAAUUAUUUAUCUUGGGUUGGCUGCCGAAUUUACAGAUUCUCGAUGGGACUCGGAUAAUAAAAGAAGACAUUGAGAAAGCUAAUUGCUUCAUGUCCGAAUUAAAGUCUCCUUUGGUUACACAAUCUUCAUCUGGAAAUGAAUCUUACAAAUCCAAUGAAGAUAUCGGUGAUCACAUCAUUAGCAGAAAUCAUGUUCAUCCAAUUCGAACAGAAUCGAUAACUCAUCAAGUUGUCAAUCAUAAUCUUCCAAUAAUUUAUCAUAAUAAACCUAUUUCAUCAUAUAAAAGAUGGUCAACUGAACUAAAUCAGAAUUUUGCCUUAGAAAAUGUUUGUUCUGAGUCUGUUGGUAAUACUCCAAAUGAAUCAUGUACUGAAAAACUUGCGCUUGCAUCUUCUGAUAAUUCUUGUUCAAAUGAAUUCAAUAAUCAUGUGUUUCAAUCAUUCUCAUCAUCCUCUACUACUAUGGCUACGGCUAUGGCUAUUACUAGCACACCAACUCCAAACGAUCAUCUAUCCAUAUCAUAUACCCUAAAAAAUAAUGAUACUAUUCAUUCAUCCUGUAAUCAAACAAUUACAUGCACAGAAAAUGUGAACAUAUCUAAUUCAUCAUCUUAUACAUCAAGUUUGGUCAAUCUAAAUUCAAAUGUCAACAAUACUCAAUCAUCUAAGACUAAUCAUCCACUGUUUUCGAAUAUAUCAAUUAAUUCACCUCGACAAAAUUUGCCUACAAUCAAAACUAAAUUAUUUACUACACCAAUAACUACUGAUGAAUUAUUAUCUAGUACAGCUUCUUAUUGUAAUGAUAAUCAUCAACUUAAUAAUGAUCUCUUACCAUCGUAUUCAGUUUAUUUACCUUUAAAUGUGUCAAAUACUAUCAAUAACACAGAAGAAACAGUUAAACUAGUAAAUAAAGAGAAAAAUCAUUUGAAUACAAUGAAUUGUAUUCCAAUGAUGAAUAAUGUCCAUGACUGGUCAAAUAUUGAUCAAAAUCAAUCAUUGAAAUCAUCACCAAGUGAUGAUGAUAGUUCAUUAUCUUAUGGGAAUUCAAAUGCUUUACAUCACUGUAUCUACCAACAUGUUUUAGACCAACAGUUAAUCAUAUUAUUACUAAAUGUUUGUUUACCUUAUGAACCGAAUCUACAAACUAAUUGUUAUGAUGCCAUAACUACUACUACUAUAUCAACUAAUUCAUCAAUCAAUCCAAUCACAUCGACCAACAUAAUGAUUAAUCGAUUAAGUCCAAUUACAUUAUUCUCUUCAACAUGUUCUAUUACACCAUCAACACUAUCAACUUGUUGUCAAUGUCCAACAUGUGGUGGUAAUCAAACCAAAUUAUUACAAGAUCAUAUAAUAUUUUUACAACAACAAUUACAAACUCAAUAUAGAACAAAUGAAGCAGAAUAUAAAUUGAAUCAAUUACAUUCGAAUUCUAUACAAUUUUUAUUGAAAGAAGUUGAAGAAUUAAAAGCUUGGAAAGAAUCCAUUACACUGACAUUGACUAAUUCUACGAAUAAUAAUAAUAUUAAUAAAUCUGUUGAACUUUCAUCAAAUUCUACUCAAACUUCGAUUGAACAAACACCACCAUAUGAGCUAACCGGAGGAAAUACAGUGUUAGAAAAUAAAAACCAAGAUGAUAACAAUAAUAAUAAUGAUAAUUCAAAAUUUAUUCAACACUAUGAUAAUAUGAUUGAACAAAAUCAUACAGAAGAAGAUAUUGAAUGCAAGAAUAAUAAUUCAACUAAUCAAUACGUAACAACAACUCCCAUUCCAUGUAAUGGUCUGAAAGAAAAACAACAUGAUAAUGCUUGUUUUAAUGAAGAUUGCGAUGAGUUGAAUGAAUUCAAUGAACUUGAUGAAGAAGAAGAAGAAGCAGGCAAAACAUUAUCUUCAUUUGCAAAAAUGUCUAAUACACAGCUUACUGAAGAUCAUAAUGCAUUAUCGACUUGUGCUAAUACAUCCAAAAUAUUAUUAGGCAAUUAUGAAGAUUUAGCAUUGAAUACUACUACUAUUGUUAAUGAUUCUUGUGAUUUUGAAGAUUUCACAGAUUUAGAACUUGUACGACAAGCUGCUCUACAGGCAAUGAAUUUAGACUCGACGUCAGUUGAUGCAAGUCUGUCUACAUAGUAAUUCAUCUUUGUCAAUUGCGACAUCUUCCAUUACUUAAAAUUGGAAUUAAUUUCUGUCAAAUAGGUUUUCUUCAUACAUAUCAUUGUACAAAAACACACACACACAUACAUACAUACUUUCUCUAUUCAAUCAAUUGAAUUUUGAAUCAUACAAUUCGAUGACAUUGUGUUAAUUGUAAAUUUUGUUAAUGAUUCAAUUUUAUAUUUAUUCGCAUUUUCAUUGGUGUUGAAUAGUUAGUUGUUCACAUGAAAAUAUACAUUCUCAUAUAUGUAUUAUUCAUAUAUUAGCCUGUAUUUUUCUUAAAUCACUUACAAUCAUCCAAAAUUGGUAGUGGUAUUAGUUACAAUUUUUUUUU